UUCAGGAGUGUACAUACUAGAGACAGUGAAUUAGAACGACUCAACUGUUUAUUUGCCAAGGAUUACUGUAGAAUUGCUCUUCAAAAAAAAGAUAGUCUUGAUUUCUCCUGCCAGAAUACUUUAUUUGAAGCUUUUUACUUAAGGACACGAUUUACAUAAGCAGGACCAAAGAAAAACUAGGAAAUAAUCCAUUCCAUUGGAGAUGGAAAGCAAAGAUGAAGUCAGUGACUCUGAUAGUGGAGUCAUUCUCCAAUCAGGGUCGGACAGUCCUCAAUCAAUGAUGAAAGAUCGAUGUUGUUCGGUCAUUUUACGUAAGCAAAUGCUGGAAGAAUCACUCGAGGCCUGUUUGAAUGAACUGAAAAAACUGUGUUUACGUGAAUCCGAGUUGACAGGAUAUUUGCCUAAAGAGUAUCCUUUAGCUGAAGGAGAAGAGCCACCCACUGUCCGCCGACGUGUAGGAACAGCCUUUCAACUGGAUGAACUGACAAUUACUCCCAAAGGAGAGGACUCUGAACUUGACUGUCUGGAGCGAGACUUUGCCUUGCAAUUACAGUUUGUGGAGGCAGCCAAACGCCUUUCUCAAGAAGGAAAUUUAAGCAGGCAUAUAAGAAAACAAAGAAAACAUGCCUAUAAAAAAGAGCAAAAGAAACUAAAUGAAAUCAAAAAUACUAUAAAUGAACUUAAAGCUAUAACUGGUGGAAGAACAGCACAAACAAGUAAUGGGGUUGAAGAACUGAGUGCUUCUGAUGACAGUUCUCUGGAAGAUGACACAAGACAGCACCACAGCCAGUGUUCAUCCACAGAAUUCUUGCCAGCUACUCAUGCAUUGCAAAGGAGUAACUUGCCACUGCCUCUUCUACAGCCCAGCAGACCUACCCCACCCCAAACCCUGGAAGGACUUUCUCCAGGUUGUUAUCAGUGCAGUGACUAUGAGAAAUCACCCAUCGUGGACACAGCAUGGGCAGAGUCUAAUCUAGAUGAGCCAUAUGAGAAAGUGAAAAGACGUUCCUCUUUAAAUAGCAAGUCAAGCAGUCCAGCAGUGACCCCAUCAGAAUCUGGUCUGAGUGAUAUCUCACCUUUUCAGCAUUUUGAAAUGAGGAGCAGUCCCUAUCAGAAUCAAACCUCAGCAAGUGCACCCUCAACACCAGAAAUGAGAGGACGUAUUCACCAUCAAACAGGCAGAUAUGUGGAUGUGAGCCCUUUUCCAGCAACUCCUGAUCAAAGAGGUCGCACCUUGCAUCCCCAGAGAAGAACGACAAAUUAUACUGUUAUUGUGCCAGAUUAUCGUGCUGCUGGAAAUAAAGCCAAUGAGAGUUUACACAUGAGGCCCUAUUCUUUGAGUGGAUGUGCCAGCACAGAGCCUAACAGCUCUGGAACCUCAACUCCAACGUAUAUUCCACCACCUCUUAAAUAUAAUGCAGCAGCACCCAGACAUUGGCAAGUAUACAACUUGCCUGCAAACAUCGAAACACCUGCCUUACCAGUUAAUGGAUUUUACCAGUGUAACCCAAACCAGCCUUUCUCACAUUAUAGAGCAAUUGAGCACACAGAGGGAAAUGCAGCGGGUCCUAUGUGGGAAAAUCACCCAAGUCGCCAAUAUAGUGCUGUGCAAUACUUCAACCCUCCACUGUACAGAGACUGCCAAUACAGUGAUGAGAAAAAUUCACUGACAGUGCAGCGAAUUACUCCAUCUCACUGCAGGAUCGUACGGACUCCCUCACUAAAAGAAUACCCUAACAGAAGCUUGCUAAGGGAUGUUGUAUCAGAAGAGCUACAAUCAUGGCAUGAGAGAGCCAGGCAGAGAAAUGGACGGCCUCACUCUCUGGACAGACAGGGUGCCUUCCGUGGUCCACGUACACAGAGCAGGAGUCGAGAACAGUACAUGCGUUGGCCAGCACUCCCCUUGCAGAGACACAUGCCGCAUUGGGUCAGAGACCGAGCACAGAAUCAGUGGUACAUGACAGAAGAAUCAGAGGUAGCAAGCCAAUUCUAAAGCUGGAAUUUUGCAGGUUGAAAUUCCUGAUCAUCAUAAUAAGCCAGGUUGUCCAUAAUAAUAACUGGAACAAUUGCGCUUCUUGGUGAAGAAUCAACAUGUAACCACAUUCGUCCAAAAUUGCAUUUCUACACAUUAUUGUUUCAGUGAUUAAACUUUCAUUUCUGGUUUCUGGACUAAAAGUCUAGAUUGCAACUGGGCCUUAUUCUAAAUAUUAACAUUCACAAUUAUUUAAAUGGCAUAUUUUUUCCUCCUCUGGAAUAGUGUUUCUGUUAAUCCUUUAUAGUGGUAUUGCAUUCCUGGUGCUAACUGUGCGGAGUUCUGGUAUAUUCAGCAGAUCGAAGGUGGCACCUAUCAGCACAUAUUUUGUAAUUCAGUCUCAGUACAUGUUAAUGCUUCUUAAUGAUUGUUCUUAUUUAUGGUUUUCUUUGUUAUCUUAUUUACAGAAGUUUGAAGCUAAUGAGUGACACAGUUCUUUCAUAAAGUUACUGUUCAUUUUAAAAAGCAAAAUAUAUUAAAAUAAUAGUGAUGUGUUUUAUAGACAGUAAUGCAAAUAAGUUUAAUAGAAAAUUGACCCAUACAAUAUUACCAGAAAGUUUACAGUGUCAAAACUGCUAUAAAUUUAUAAUUUCACCGCAGAAAACAAUAUCCCGUCAAGAGCCUUGCAGAGUGAGACAACUUAUGUUUUACUGAAAAACUCACAAUAGGAUUUACACUAAGUCUUUUCACUGCUCUCAGUUGAAAAUAUUCUUGCUCUGAAGUCAAGGGACAGAUUUGAUUUCCCUUUAUUUUUUUGGGCAGCAAUGAAGUAAAAAAUGGAAUCCAAACUGUAACAGUCAGGUUUAGUCAGUACAGCCAAACUUAAUCAGUGAGGAAUCAGGAGAGGUUAAUGUCUGCUAAAGCUACUGAGAAUUCUGUCAUUGUGCAUUGAAACCUUUUGUACAGCCUACAAAACCAUCCUCCAACAAACUAAAGUUCAAGUUUUUAUUAUAUACUGGGAAAAUUAGACUCUGCAUUAAAAGAUCAAUUAUUUAUUUGUAACUUUAAGAACUAAUAUAAACCCAAGAAUUGAGAGAGAAUUUUCAAAAUCUCAUUCCCUUGGGGAAAGAAAGAAUUUCUUUUGGAAUUUAUUGUACUUAAAGUGACACUGUUGAUAGAAAUUUUAACCGGCGUAUUAAAAACUUGGAUUCAUAUGGAAUCUUGAACAACACUCAAAGUGGCUCGUUGAGGCAAUAUGAUGAAAUAGACACAAACCCAAGGAGAAAGUAUCAGGAAGCUGUCCAUAAGUUUAGUCAAAAACAUGGAUUUUAAGUGUUUUAAUUAAAGGGAGGAGAAAGAUUGAUGGAGGGAUUAGGGGUGAAAUUACAAAAUAUGGUAGCCAGGCAAUUGAAGACAAAGCUAUCAAUGGUGAAUGAAAGGAAGCAAUUGGGGGUGGAAAGGCAAAAAUAAAAUGAAGUUGGGAAGGUUAUUAGUAUGGGUGGAGGAGAUUACAGAUAGAGAGAAGGGUAAAGAUGAGGCUUUGAAAUUUGGGAGUGGAUCAGAGGUGAAUUAAAUCAGUAUAAGCCUGGGGAAAGUACCAUUAAGCAAGUCAACAAAAUCAGUGCAAAUGGGCUCAAUUUCCAAUUUUAGCGAUAUGACCAUAACCAAUAAGAAAGUUACUUUCAUCCUGGAAUGAAUAAAGUUAAAGAAAAUUACAUCUCCUCUGCCAUCAUUUUUUACAAGGUUAUCUGCAAUUUCAAAAAAGUUUUCUUGGGUGACUAAAAUACAUUAAUUUUCAUUCAUGUUUGAUGGUGGCAGUAUUUUCCUUUAUCUCAUAUUUUCAGGGAUCCCAACUCCGUUUACAACUAAGAGAUUGGAUUAUACAGUGUCUGCAGGGUGCUACUAUUGCUGUUAGUGAGGAAUGUUUAGAAGCUUGCUGAAGUGGUAAACAGUACUUAAGUUAGAAUCGAGCCUGGUUGGAACACAGCACAGAGUUUAGUUUGAAUACAGAACUCCAGAUGAAAAGAGUUUUAUUAUUCUUUUCAGUUUUCACAUCUUGCAUUUCUUCCCAGAGAUAAAGUGUCUUGACAGAAUAUGGCUUCUCAGUCCAGAGGGGGUCCCUCCAGCACUCCACCAAGUGCCUGUUUUUCAUAUGAUCUCUACUGGUUCCAUUCCAUUUUCAAAUGCUAUUUACUUUAGUAGAUCCCAGCAAUGGUCAGGGGCAAGAACUCUGCCAAUUCUCCCCAGCUUGAGGAGACUCAGGUCUAUUGUGAACCCCUGCUUGGUGCAGGCAGGAUCAAACCUGGUGCAGCUUGCUGUGUGUUGCAUAACAUGUAACCUACUGAAAAAUUAUUUGACUUCAAUACAUAAAUGAUUGUUUUAACUAUCUAGGAUGGCUAUUUUAAAAAAAAUAUACUGUAUAAGCAAUAUUAAAUACUUCAAAUUUAUCCAGAAAUUAACAAUGUCAGUUGUGUUAUUUUUGUACAAAAAUAUUUUGAAAUAUGGAAGUUAUUUCUUAUGUAGUUUGGGUCAGCUGGCUGUAAUAAACAUUUUUCUAUUAACAUACAAGUAAAUAUCUAUAGAUCAUCGCAACAUAGGCUGGUAAGUUAUGAUAACGCUUUGAAACUCUUCCACACUAGGAAAGGCCCAUUAAUGCUGAUGCGCCAGUUUUGUGUGUGGAGCCCUGAGAAACAAAUUCUAUCACACAUGAUGCUCAGUCAAAGAAUAGACAACACAUGUGUGAAGAUGCACAAAGGUCCUUUCUCUUCCAAUGUGGAGCUGGUGGAGGAAUUCUGAUUAAACAGGAAGUGAGCAGAGAGAAGACUGAGGAGUGAUUGGUAGGAUUGAUCCUUGAUUCAUUAGUGGGAUUGGAGGGAGGAAGAUAGAGGAUGGACAGGCACUUUAAUAGCCAAGGUAUAGAAGGAUAUGGAUCUACUGCGGGCAAAUGGGAUUAGAUGGGCAAAAAUGUCAACAUGGAUGUGGUGGGCUGAAGGGCCCUUUUCUGCACUGUCCAGCUCCAGAACUUGCAUUGAGACUGGAGCAUCAUGGAGUGGAGUUGGGAUAUGUUAGUGAUUUAAAAGCUGGCGGAGAUGGGUACCACACCAAGAAUGGGAAACCAAAAAACAUGGGUUUAUGAAAGGUUAUGAACUGGGAGGAAAAACAAGCACCAAAGAACAUCAUAACAAUGAAUCUCCCUACGAGCUGACAUACACACUGAACUCCAUGGCAUCAGAUCAAGUGGAACAGAUAACCCCCCCAUUCCCUGACCUUUAAUUAAUAACAAAGUUAGCUCAACUCUCUGGUUAAGAACUUAUAAGAUGGACACUGUAUGUCCAUUUGGCACUACUGUGCUAGUCCAUCAGACUUCAUAUGAUCUAUGCAGAGGAACCGGACCGAAUUUGCAGGUGCACGUUAUGUGUACAGAAAAGACCCAAUCACAUUUAGUGAUCGGAUUUGAGGUAGGAUUCAUUUGGAUAGCGCACGAAAGAUUAUGUUACAUGAUAAUGUUGCUUCUCUCAGCAUGCUUUGAGAUAGGGGAGUACUAACCUACUGAACACAUUUUCUAAGUAAAUCUCGAGAUUUAUUUCUAUAAAGUUGCUGUUUUUAUAAGGAUGUUUUAUCAUUAGACUGGGAAUUAUAGGUGUGCAGUACAGAAUUAAAAUGUAUCAUUGAGGGUGUGAUGGUUGCAGUGUAUGUAAAUAUGUUUAUGAUGUCAUUGAUGGCAUCACUGUCAUGCGGGCUUUGCCAAACACAGUUACCAGCUUCAAGAAGACAUUAAAUAAAUUGCCACAUCUUGAUUAAGCUCCUGAGUCCUCAUCUAUAUUCUAGAGCACUUUUACAAUGAAAGUGUAUGAAGACUCCUGCAGAAUGCAGAGUG